GUUUCAGCGGAGACGGAGAGAAAAGAGAGAAACGAUGAUGAAGUUCCAAGUUCUUCAACUGCGUCAUCGUCMAGUUCGUKCUCCGGUUUGGACAAGAGGGCAGAAAGAAUGAAGAGAUUGAAAGAGUUACAUUUGAGGAGGAACGAAGCACGUAAGAUGAACCACCAAGAAGUUGCUGAAGAAGACAGAAGAAACAAGCUGCCUCCAAACUUUGAAGCGAGACAGAGAAGAAUAGAUUGGGAYAACCAGGAAGAAGAGGCRCGKAAGGCUGCCGAGGAGAAAGGAGAGGACUAUGACAGAAUCAAAAUGUUAGAAAUGACAGCUGAUGAAGCUGACAGGCUAGAGAGAAAGCGUAAGAAACGAAACCCWGACCAGGGUUUUUCAGAUUAUGCUCAAGCACAACAGAGGCAAUARAACAGARUMGUCAAGCAAAUGAAACCAGAUUUGGGAAAAUACAACCAACAGAAAGAAAAGCU